AUGGCAAGAUUAUGGCACUGGUGAGCAUGGGUGGGGCAGCAGUGAUUAAAUUGAGUGGGGAAUUGAGAAUUGGGGAAGGGGAGAGAGAGAGAGAGAGCGGAGGGGGCAUCUGGCAUGUGCUUGACAUAAGAGGAAGGGGGGAAAAUAAAUUUCUUGUUUAGUUAUUGGGCCCUGAGAUGGACAAGGACGGUAAUGGGCUUGACUCCAGAUGUCGUCAGGAGGCUUGUGGGUACAGCUAAAAGAGUUUGCAGCAGCAAAGGAAGUGGUGGAGCGCAAAUGAGCUGUGGGCAGUGAUGAUUUCACGCAAUCUAGUUUGAUCUUCCAGAACGGUGCUGGAAGAACGGGGGCUGUUUUGGCAGAGGCGCCUUUGCUUUGAAGAGUGGUGGACAUUAAAGACCCACGGCACUUUUCGAAAAGAGAAAGAAGUCCCACUUGCACGCGGUGCCCUGUGUCGCUUCGAACCUGUUGUAAGAGAUUUACUUCAUGUUUGUUUAUAUUGUGAUAGAGCGGAAAUUCAGAGUUUCAACCAAAGGAGACGAAGAGAUCAGAGAGAGUUCCCGAGCGGUGAGACAGCACAGAGAAACUCUUCUAGCUCUGAGUCCUCGGAAACUCCCAGUUCACAGGAUAGAGGUGGUGGGGUGCCUGAUCCUCAUGGAUGCCAUGUAUUCCCCAAGUAACGUCUCUCUCAGCAACUCCAGCGAGCGCAAGAGCAACUGCACUGUGGACACUGAGUUCAGAUACAUCCUCUUCCCGGUCGUGUACAGUAUCAUCUUCCUGUUGGGGCUGAUGGGCAAUUGCUAUGUGCUCUGGGUCUUCAAGCACUUGUCAAUGUCCAGAAACAUCAACGAGGUCAAGAUCUUCAUGGUGAACCUGAGCAUUGCCGACCUGCUCUUCAUCCUGACCUUGCCGUUCUGGAUCGUCUACUACUGCGGUCUCGGAAACUGGGUCUUCCCGGAGUUCUUCUGCCGAAUGGUCGGUUGCCUGUUCUUCAUCAACACCUACUGCUCCAUCGCCUUCCUGGCCGCCAUCAGCUACAACCGUUACUGCGCCGUGGCCCGACCCAUCGAGAGCAUCCAGCAGAGCGGCAGGAAGAGGGGCAUGAUCGUGUCCUUCGCCAUUUGGUUCAUCAUCCUGUGCAGCGCCAGCCCGUUCCUCUUCAUGAAGAGUACCAAUCAGGUGGGGACUCAGACCCACUGCUUCGAAGGGUACGACAAGGACUCAUCGAUGGCAGUGAUGAUCAGCAAUUUUGUCUUGAUCACCGCCUUCUUCUUCGCCUUCCUGGUCAUCGUCGUGUGCAACCUGCACAUCCUCCGGCUGUUGUCCACCCAGACCAUCCAGCCCGGCAACACCAACCACUCGGUCAAGCAGCAAGCGUUCCGCAUGGUGUGUGCUGUGAUGGUAGUGUUCAGCCUGUGCUUCCUGCCCCACCACGUGGUGCAGGGACCCUGGACCCUCACGGUGCUGGAGCAGUGGAGGGUUGACGAUUGUCAAUUCCGCCAGGCGGUCAAUGACGCACACCAGGUCACGCUGUGUCUGAUGAGCUUGAACUGCGCUCUGGACCCCAUUAUCUACUGCUUCCUGACCAAGAAGUUCAGGAGGUUCCUCACCAAACGCUUGAGCACAUGGAGAACCUCACGAAAGUCCUUCACCGUGACCACCAACAAUGAAGGGGAUAUGAUCUUCCAGGGCCUUAACCCCACUGGAACACUUCAGCAUUGAGACCAGGAACUGCGCUCUCUUUCAUUCCAUGCCACUUGUUUUUGUGUGUGUGUGUGUGUGUGUGUGUGUGUUAGAACUUUUAACGUUUACCGCAGUCAAUUUGCACAGUGGACCUCAAAUGCUAUUUUUUUUAUUGAGCUGUCAUUUACAUGCUUGAAGCUUAAAAGUACCAAACUGCUGGAAGGUUUCUGUUCGCUUUACGACCUGCAUCGCCCGCGUUUUUGUUUGUAAUAUGUUUUUUGGCCGAAAUAAAUUUAUUUUUCUUAUUAUAAACGCACCCGGCGAAUACUGUUACUUUUUAAUCACAAAUCGCUUCGAUUUCGAUGAGAACUGAACUUAGUGGAAGCCGAGGGAUAUCGAGCAGAACCCCGGGUCAGGACAGUUGAGCUCACAGUCUCCGUCUGAAGGACGGCAACUCCGACAAUACCA